AUGUGUGAUGCAGUGCUACUUUGUAGAGUUAGUGAUGGACUGACUUUAGUGGAAACAAACAGUGAGACAAAAAAUAUGUCUCAUAAAUUCGAAUUAAAAAAGUUAUGCAAAAAAUUAGAAACAUUUCCUAAAUUAUCAACUAUAGCAUCAAAUCAAUUUAAUUAUCAUUUUUUAAUCGACAAUGGAAUAGCAUAUAUAGCAAUUUUUCCUUUAUCCUACCCCAAAAAACUAGCCUUUUUAUUUUUGAAUGAUAUUUGUAAACAAUUUAAUGAAGAAUUGAUGAUACAAUAUGGAACACAUUCAAUAGAUUAUAGAUCAAUAAUUGAAACUAUUGAAAAACCAUAUUCUUUUAUAAAAUUCGAUAGAAAAAUUGCAAAAAUAAAACAAGAAUAUAAAGAUCCUCGAUCUAAUGUCGCAAUAAAAAAAUUAAAUGAAAGUUUAAAUGAAGUCAGUAGCAUCAUGAGAAGAAAUAUAGACGACAUACUUUUGAGAGGGGAAAAUUUAGAAGAUGUUGGAAGGAAAGCCUUCAAUUUAAAAUACGAAUCCGAAAAGUUUAAAAAAGCCUCAAGGAUUUUAAGCUUAAGAUAUACUAUGUUAAGAAACAAUUUUAAAAAUGGUAAUUCCUUAUCCUGUAAACUAAUGUUUCAUAAGACAAUAUUUUUUUGGGGAGGAGAUUUAACAAUUGAAAAUGAAAAUAGAACAAAAGAAAAAAAAAUAGCGAAAUAUAAUUAUGGGAAUUUAAAAAAAAAAAUUAAUAUAGAGGAUAAUGAAAAAAACAGCGCCUUUGCUGUGCCUGAAAGUAAAGAUAAAGAAGAAAAUAAUAUAAUCGAUGAAGAAUAUCCAAAUAAAGAAUAUAAAAAAUGUAUAAAUAUGGUUGAAAAACAAUUUAAUGAUAAAGAACUUGGUGAAAAUCAAGCAAUAAAAGACGAUCUAAACAAAUUGUGCUUAACGAAAAAAAUGGAAGAUGAAGAAAAUAAUAAAAAAAAAAUAUUACAAAAAAAUGAAAAAGACACCGAAGAAAUGAGUAAACAUAGCAAGUUAACAGAUAUAGAGCAAAAUAUGAAAGAAAUUAUAUCACAACUUGGCUUAUCGAACAAAAUUGAAAUUUCGUAUACAGUCUUAAAUGAAUUAUUAUCUGAAUUAAAAACAUGCUCAAGAAAUUAUAGAAAAAAAUGUCCAUUAAAUUGGAAAAUAAGUGAAAGUAAUAAUGAAUAUUGUUAUGCACCUGAUUCAUACAUUGGGCCAUGUGAAAAAUAUAUAAGUAAUGAUAUUGAUAUAGGUGAAAAAAAACAGAUAGAAAAAAAAUGUUUACUAUUUUGGGAAUGCGAAAAAAAUUGUAUUCAAGAUUUUGAAAAUUCAAUAUGUCCAUUAGAUUGGAUAUUAUCAGAUGAUGAAUAUUGUAUAUCACCAGAUAACUAUAAAGGAAGUUGUCUAAAUAAAAUAAAAUUUAUAGAUAUGCCAAAUAAAGAAAAGUCGAUAUAUUCAAAUUUAUGUGAUAUAAAAUGGCCAUGUAAAGAAAAAUGCGAGCAUGAUUAUUUUGAUUUAUGUCCAGACGGAUGGAUUGAAACAAAUGAUGGUUAUUGUUUAGCGACAAAUUAUAAUGGAACUUGUCAAAGAAAAAUGAACUUUAAAAAUUUAGAUAAAGCAAUGAAACAAAUAUAUGAACAAAAAUGCCAAUUUAAUUAUCCAUGUAUUAAUUCAUGUGAAAAAAAUUAUGAUGAUUUAUGUCCAAAAUCAUGGAUAAUUUUUAAUGAAAAUGAAUGUGCACCAUCGAAAUAUUACAAUGGAAAUUGUAAAGAAAAUUAUAUAUUUAAAAAUAAAAAUAUAGAAGAAAAAAAAAAUUUCGAAAAAUUAUGUAAUGUAUCUUAUCCAUGUUUAAAAAAAUGCCAACGAGAUUACUCAUAUAAUUGCCCAAUGGGAUGGAAAGAAACUCUAAGCUUUUGUCUAGCUCCCACUUAUUAUAAAUAUGAUUGUAAUAAAAUGAUAAAAAAAAAUAUGAAUGAAAACGAAAAAAAGGAAAUUAGUAAAAAUUGUAAUGUCUUUUGGCCAUGUUCAAACUAUGAAAUUAUUUUAAAAAAGUUAAUUUACAAUAAUAUUUCAAAUGAUGAUUAUCUAUCUAUUGUUAAUGGCCCUGUUGAUAAUACAACAGGAGCGAUAAUCGAUGUGUAA